ACAGCGUUGGUUUCGCUGGUCAGAAAAUGUCGCGUAGGAAACUUCGCAAAUUCAAACAGAAGCGAAAAAGCAAAAACGAGGACAAACUGAAAACCAUCAGCGGUGUUAAGGAAGAGUGUGUGGUAGAGAAGUGUGAGGAGUUUACCCCGGAGCGGAGUGUGUGUGAGCGCCAGCGGCAAAGCCAGUCCAGUGGCCGCAAAAAGAAGUCCUCAAAACAAGUGCACUUCGCCGUGCUGCCGGACAAGUACGAGCCUCUGGAAGAGGACAGAGCCUCGGACACAGAAACGGAGGACAACAACAGUGGAAAAGAGAGGAAAUAUAAGAGUUUCAGGAAAAACUUUGGAAAAGCUAUUCGCUAUACCUGGAAAUGUCUGGUUGUUGGACUGCAGACUUUCAGCACGUCCUAUUCCGGGCCUCUAAGUGCAGCUUCCACACUGGUGCCUGAUAUCCAGAGAACAAGACCUAGAGCAUGAUGGAGUGAAAGCUAUUGUUUUUUAAGUUUUUAUUUUAUUUUAUUUUUUUAAUUAUUGUGGCUUCAUGACAAUCCAAAAGGAAUAUUUAUAAAUUAUUAUUACGCAUUAUUCCAGGUUGACAUGAGGCAGACUUAUCACAACUGAUAUCCUCUCAAAUAUCUUUUCUGCUGGGAUUGUGGUUUGUUAGAUUUUUCCUUGAUCAUGAUUUAAGCUGUUGUAGAUAUGAGGAAAAGAAUCAUGAUGAGUUAAGCCUGUGACUUUUCACCUAGUUCCCUAGUCUAAUUUGUACGUGUGAUUUCAGCUGUUCAUCUCAGAUCAAUAAUAGAUCUUUGAAUGUAUAGUACUAUAAUUUAUUUGGAAAUAGCUAGAUGGAAAGCUGUGCAUUUUUUAAAAUUUAUUUAUUUUUUUAUAAUUAAAUUUUAUGGAGAUUUUUUUUUUGUUAGAAUUUGUGCAAUAAAUUGUUGGUAAUGUUGGCGAUAAAAUACUGGUUUAUACUGUAGAAUAAACUUUUGGGAUUGUAUCUAUUUUUUUGUUUGCUUAUUCAUCGACUCUGACAUUUUUAAAGGGUGAAUAAUUUACCAAAAUUUAAAAACAUUAGUCUUUUUCUUUUAAAACAUCUUACAUAGUGUUAAAUUUGACCAUUUAAAUUUAUAGCACAAAAAAACCCAAACUGACUAUAAAUUAUAAAAAUGUAAACUGGAAAGUAUAUGGAGUAAAUAUGUAUAUUAUAAAACAACUUGUGUAUUAAUUGUGAUAUUUAUUAAUAAUUUUUUAAUGUGUCUUGUCUUGUAAUGACUAUCUAAAAUGUCAUUCUACUUACAGUACAUGUAACCUAUAUGACAAUAAGAUUAAAUAUACUGGAGAGUCUCACAGUAUUAAUAAAAUAACUGAAAGGUGACUGUCACAUCUUAAAAUGUCUCUUUAAUUUCACUGUUGUUUAUUAUUUGUGGUAUUUUUCUUCCAUUUUAAAGACGGCUGCAAAACAUUGUCAUGCUUCACAUAAACCGCAAGUAAAAAUAAAUGAUUUAAUCCUGUAGUCUUGCAUAUUGUUGCUGCUAUCUUGUUUCAU